GGUAGUUUCCUACCGUGAGGGACCUGGUUUUAUCCACAAUGCCGCGCGCGGGUGCAACUUCUUCCUCUUGCUUGACUUCUCGUUCAAGAUGGUGAAGAAGACAGAUAAAAAGAAGGGGCGCUCUGCCAUCAACGAAGUUGUCACUCGUGAAUACACUAUUAACCUUCAUAAGCGUAUCCAUGGCAUUGGUUUCAAGAAACGUGCUCCUCGUGCCAUCAAGGAGAUCCGCAAAUUCGCUGAGAAGAUGAUGGGCACUCCGGAUGUUCGUAUUGAUACCAGACUCAACAAGCAUGUGUGGAACCAAGGAAUAAGGAAUGUUCCCUACAGAGUUCGUGUCCGCCUGGCGCGUAAGAGGAACGAAGAUGAAGACUCCCCACACAAGCUCUACACCCUCGUCACCUCUGUCGCUGUCUCCACAUUCAAAGGUCUGCAGACGCAGAAGGUCGAGAGUGAGGAGUAGUGCCCCGACGACUGUCAAUAAAAUGUAUAAUUGAA